UAGUAUCUGCAUAAAUAUAAUGUCGUCUUUGGAAUAUUCUUCCGCUAGAUAUGACGAGCUACCGUUAGAGAUUGUUUUGAAAAUAUUUAGCUAUCUGGAAUACUCGGAUCUGCUGGUAGCUGGAUCGACCUGCAGCAGAUGGCAUUCUGCUUUAGAUCAACCUGAGUUUAAAGCGCGCACCCGGGUCUGUUUUUCGAAAGUAUUGCUCUCGGAUCAGCAGAGUCCAGCCGUCGAUUUGCUGAGAUGCGAAAGACGCUUCAACCACUUUAUGCUCGAAGAUGUGACGCUAGGCCAGGUGAGGGAGCUUCUGAAGUUCAUAGGUCAAACGGCCCAGUCUCUGGCUCUGGAUAAUGUCGAUCUUAACGACAAGCAGUUCUACGGCAUGUUGGGGGUGCUGCCGCACCUCCAUUCGCUUUCCCUGAAGCGUUGCCUCCCGUUGUUUAUGUCUGGCUCCUUCCUCGAAAGCUAUACCAAUUCCUGCUCAAAUCUCAACGAAUUGGCCAAUAACUUGGCAGGCUUGCGGGAGCUGGCGCUAUGCGAUAACCAAUAUCUCACUGACGCCAUUCUUAUGCGACUUACGUCGUUCAUGCCUCGCCUGAAGGUGAUCAAUAUGUCUGGCUGUCAAAUAGCCUUCCACAACGCGCUGCAGCGACGCUUCUACCCCAAUGCGAACGCUUCGGACAGUCUGCUGCCCAGCGAAUCGGUGCUUACAUUCAACUUUAUUCUCACCAUUCUCAACCUACAGCGCAGAACGCUGCGCGAGUUGGACUUUAGCCACACCCUGAUCGGGCAAUCUCUGCUGUCUCUGUGCGAUCUAGAUCUCCAGCUGCAACGCCUCUAUCUGGGCGGCUGCAGACAGCUAAAUGCCAUGACUGUGAAAACCUUCCUCGCCACUCAACCGCUUUUGACAGCUUUGGACUUGUCGGCGACUACGUGCGUGACAGAUGAUAACUUGGCCUGCAUUGCGCAGACUAAUUCCCAGCUAGAGCAUUUGAGGAUUAACGGAUGCACGGGCGUCACCAACGCUGGAGCGAUCCAUCUCCACAAGCUGCGGCGCCUGAAAAGCCUGGACCUCUCCAGCUGUGAUGGCAUAACCAGCGAUGGCAUCACCGGGGGGGUGGCAAGCGAAGAGAACCACGUGCUGCUGGAGCUAAAUGUGUCGCACUUGCAAAUCUGCGAGGAGUGCAUCAAGUCCAUUGCAAGCAAUUUGCGCUCCCUGCGAUCGCUUCAUCUGAACAACUGUGUCAAUGGGGUCACGGAUGAAGCUAUACAGUUCGUGAUUGGUCAGCUGCGUUGGCUGCGCGACCUGUCCCUCGAGCACUGCUCUGCCUUGACAGAUGCAGCUCUCACCGGCUUGAACAUAUCUAAGCUGGAGCUGAGUCGAAAGCAAUCGGGCUCUCAAGCGUCUACGAUGGAGAACUUCUACCCGCCGUAUAGCCACAGCCUGGGGGAGCGGGACAGCUCGCUGCAGUCCAUUAAGAUAUCGCUGAGGAGCAAAGCCGAGGACGAGAUCGUGCGCGACGCCAGACGCAAGCAGGUCAUGCUGGCUGCCUACGAAAUGAACCUGAUACAUAAGGAGGACUUCGAGGGGCAUAACAUUCAGCAGCUGCGAGGUCUGCGCUCCCUGAAUUUGCGUGGAUGCAACAGGAUCAGCGAUGUCUCCCUGAAGUACGGCCUGAAGCAUGUCGAGCUUCGGCGACUACUGCUCUCGAAUUGUCAGCAAAUAUCCUUGCUGGGCAUGGAGGCUCUGGUCAAUAGCUGCCCCUCCAUUGAAGAGCUGGAUCUGUCCGAUUGCUACAACAUCACAGAUAGGACUAUGCAGGUGGUCACAGGCAAAUUGCCUCGCCUGCGCGCGCUACAUAUCAGUGGCUGCAGCCAGCUGACGGAGCACACCCUCGACGCCAUCAUCGUUAACUGCACUGGUUUGCAGACUUUGUCCGUCUACCGUUGCCGCAGCAUGUACGCGGACAUCGAGGAGCGUUUGUCCGGCGUACACACGCUGCGUAACCUCAAUAUGGACAACAUGACGAGCAUCGACAAUGCCGAUUUCUUCCGCUUAAAGAAACGUCUCGAUUACUGAUAUUUUGCCGCCGUUUUGAUUGUUCUGGUAUUGUAUUAUUUUCAGUUGUACAAUUUUCGCUAGUCACAGGUCCCCGGCCCCCAGUCCCGGUCCCAGUUCCAUACGGCACGGGAAACCUAUUUUUAUCACAUGACCUACGGAAGCUGUCUUUAGAUACGAAAUCUUUAGCAAAAUAUACAUCAUAUAUAUAGUAUAUGUCUACAUAUACAUAAGUAUGCUCACAAAACAUAAUAGGAAAAUGAAUAUGAUAAAUUUUAAUUGUAAAUCAGUUAAUUUUUAUAAGCCAACAUCUGUCCACAUGUAUAUUGUAGGAAUAUAUGUGUGUAUGUA